CUGAGGGCUUUGAAACAAGAGAAGGUUCUGGACCACGUGUCUCCUUGAAUGUAAAGAAGGUUUGCAGUAUCUUGCUGACUUCUUUCAUCAUCUGUUGUGAUGUGAGCGCAAAGGUUUUUGGCACCGGACACCUUUUUGUGGCCUGUCGCCGGGCCUCGACCCUUUUUGUACUUCUACUGUGUGGUUUUUGUUUAGUCAGGACAGCGAGGGAUCAAGUGGAACAAUACGAGCGCUGCGGCCACUCCAUUGCUUGUUCCAAACGCUCUCAGCUCAGCCUGAACAAUCAGCACAUGACCCCAAGCCGCCGCGUCGGUUUGUGCGCGCUUUGCUAGGUGACACGUUUGGUUGUUUCGUACCUAAAACUCGAGCUUUAUUCAAAAAACAUCUGCCUUUCACGUCACAGUCUUGACGCCGUAACUGCUGAACAGGCUUAACAUUUCCGAUCGUUGGCCUCGGAUGUUUCCGAGUACAUUCCAGAAAUUAACACGCCCCACCUCACGGGAGAAUCGGUCACGAUAAUCUUUUCGAGUCGUCCGACAAUUUCCCAUUCGCUGAGUUGCUGUCAAUCGUUUUUCAUGGCGAUGUAUCAUGUUUGCUUCUAUCACAAAUGACAUCACAUAACAUCCUUUGUCAUAACAAUCAUCAUCCACUUAGCAUACCUAGCGGUAAUGCGCUAGCAAUAGUGCCCAUGUCACUAGCUUAAUGUUUCUUGUGCUUCCACUUUUUUUAAGCUUCUGUGUUUAAUCAGAGGCGGCAUGGUAAGUUCUCACCUUUGCUGUCAUUUACCCACCGACGAGCUGCUUUUUUACCCUGACCUGGACAAGCUCCAUUAAAAAUAAAUCUACGCGCCUCCUCUCUUCACGUCAUUCCCUCGCGUGUCGUUUUCCUCUAAGGCCGUCCUCCGAGGCUUAACCUAUACUCUCUGACGGCGCCAUUUUCUUUCAAUAUCCGAUACCGUGGGGAGGCUUAGCCAUAUUUGGCUUAUAAAUCUGCCGCCCUUCUCCUGUCUGACGCACCUUCAUCUUCAAUGGACAGAUUUGCCGAGGGCGGAGCAUCCGACAUGUUGGUCGCUAAGCAUUAAGGGAUAAAGCGGCGAGAUGGGCGAUUGGCGACUUCAACCAUUUAAUCUGCCACUUAAGCCGGCCGCAUAAAGAAGAAGAGAAUAUAAUAUCAUGUUCUAGAAACUCCGUCACAUGAUGACGAAGUGCAGCUGUUUGAGCUCCGUUGUCGUUUUGUUGGCGUCAAGCCAUUUGAACCUGCGUGUUUUUACGUCAGAGGCAUGUUGUUGAUCAGGCGGGCAAGCUCCAGCAUAUAACGCAUGCUUUCACACAUUGGGACUGCUUAUGUAAGAAAGAGGACAACUCUUUGGAUGUGGACCAGCACACACACACACACACACACACAUGCUGCACAGAUGUUAUCCUGCAUGGGAAACUUUGGCUUUAAUAAGCAAUGAAUGAGGACAGACUAGUCCAAGGUCGUCGGAGAGACUUUAGUUAAGUCUAUUAUGAUUCUGCCACAAGUGCACAUUUUGGUGUUAAUUAAAAAUGUUUGACACAUAUAGAUUAUUGACUUAUUUGGACCUCGGAGUAUAUUAUUUGCCCCUUGAGCAGUUCUGACACUUUUUAGGGAUGCCUUAGUGCAGCCGCCUUGACCUGUUGCUUGUUUGUCUCCCGUCUUGACUUCUUUGUAGCGCUCUGUCAAUCCAAACAAAGCAUUAUUAACUUUGAACGAGCAGAAUUUUAAGCCACAUUCCGCAGUUGGCCGUCUGGUGUCGUAGAGGCCAUGAGAGCCGAGAUGUCCUCUUGGGGGGGUUGUCAAGAAAGGAAGACACUGUUCCUAGAAAGGAGCGUGAGUUGAAAGGUCCCAGUAAUCAGGAAAUGACUCUGACAAAUAUUUUCCAUUCACAAACUGGUUCGGUGUGCUGCUCUGUUUGUUUCUGGAUCAGGCCCUACUGUCGCUUGUCGAGCAGGUUCUCGUGCUGAAUAAUAUUCUGGAAGUAAGCCCUGUUUGCUUCGUGGUCCUCUAUUUUGAAGCCACGCCUCUUGCGUACAAAAGGUUCACUUGUAGGAAGCAGCAAAAUGUAAGCACGGUGGAAACGCAGAGCAGCAGCUCCACUUUUUCAGCUUUUGUCCGUUACCCCCCCACCCCCCCUUCAUCCCUCGCUGACAUUUUCUUAUGGGGAAAAAAUAUGCUUACCUUGUCAUUUGAUUUGAGCCCACAAAGCUCUGUUUUCGAGGGCGGUCCAGCACAUUCGGGGAGGCUGCGACCGAGAACUCUGGCUGUCAGGAUCCUGCCUCCGGGAUUUGAAGGAAGGCUGACGGCGUACAUGCAUGCUUGGCAUGCCGGAGCUCUGCUGGCUUGCAUAUGGUCUACAGGAAGUUUUGCUUUUUAAAUCGGCAUCUGGACUGGAAGAAAUUGCAAACUUGAAAGCACUGAGUGAUGCUUGCAGAUGAUGGUGUGCACGAAGCGCAUGUGCGGAUGCUAGCUUGGCUCUUCUGAUGUCGUUUGCGUUGAGGAAUGAUGACUGAGUUCUACCUGUCUGACAGUAAUGCCAGUUACUUGCGAGCUGCCCGGGCUGGAAACCUUGAAAAGGUCCUUGACUACCUCAAGUCUGGGGUCGAGAUUAACAUUUGCAAUCAGAAUGGCCUGAAUGCUCUCCAUCUAGCCUCUAAAGAGGGCCACGUGGAGGUUGUGGCUGAGCUGCUGAAACUGGGCGCCGCCGUGGAUGCUGCCACUAAGAAAGGAAACACUGCCCUGCACAUCGCCUCGUUGGCCGGCCAAACGGAAGUCGUCAAAGAGCUGGUCACAAACGGAGCCAAUGUCAACGCACAAUCUCAGAAUGGCUUCACUCCUCUGUACAUGGCAUCCCAGGAGAAUCAUCUGGAGGUGGUGCGCUUCCUUCUGGAGAACAGCGCAAGUCAGAGUAUGGCCACCGAGGAUGGCUUCACCCCUCUGGCAGUGGCCCUCCAGCAGGGCCACGACCAAGUGGUCUCCUUGCUUCUGGAGAACGACACCAAGGGCAAAGUGCGUCUGCCCGCCCUGCACAUCGCUGCCCGUAAGGACGACACUAAGGCCGCCGCACUGCUCCUCCAGAAUGACCACAACGCCGACGUGGAGUCCAAGAUGAUGAAUAGAACAACAGAGAGUGGCUUCACCCCACUUCACAUCGCAGCCCACUAUGGCAACAUUAACGUGGCCACGCUGCUUUUGAACCGAGGGGCCGCUGUGGACUUCAUGGCCAGGAAUGACAUCACGCCCCUCCACGUGGCCUCUAAAAGGGGCAACAGCAACAUGGUCAAGCUGCUACUGGACCGAGGCUCCAAAAUAGACGCCAAGACCAAGGACGGUCUGACUCCUCUUCACUGUGGGGCGAGAAGCGGUCAUGCACAGGUGGUGGAAAUCCUGCUGGACAGAGGCGCUCCCAUCUUGUCCAAGACUAAGAACGGCCUGUCGCCGCUCCACAUGGCCACUCAGGGCGACCACCUGAACUGCGUGCAGCUGUUGCUGCAGCACGACGUGCCGGUGGACGACGUCACCAACGACUACCUGACAGCGCUGCACGUGGCCGCCCACUGCGGGCACUACAAGGUGGCUAAGCUCAUCGUGGACAAGAAGGCCAACCCCAACGCCAAGGCCCUGAACGGUUUCACCCCGCUUCAUAUCGCCUGCAAGAAGAACAGAGUAAAAGUGAUGGAGCUGCUGCUGAAGCACGGAGCGUCCAUCCAGGCCGUAACCGAGUCUGGCCUGACACCAAUCCACGUGGCAGCCUUCAUGGGUCACGAGAACAUCGUCCACGCGCUCACCCAUCACGGAGCUUCACCCAACACCACUAACGUGAGGGGCGAGACGGCGCUCCACAUGGCAGCCAGGGCAGGCCAGGCCGACGUGGUUCGGUACCUGCUCAAGAACGGGGCCAAAGUGGAGACCAAGUCCAAGGAUGACCAGACGGCGCUGCACAUCUCCAGUCGUCUGGGCAAGGUGGACAUCGUGCAGCAGCUGCUGCAGUGCGGCGCCUCGGCCAACGCCGCCACCACCUCAGGCUACACGCCGCUGCACCUGGCGGCCCGCGAAGGCCAUCAGGAUGUCGCCACCAUGCUCCUGGAGAACGGAGCCUCUCUGGCUUCCUCCACAAAGAAAGGCUUCAGUCCGCUGCACGUGGCCGCCAAAUACGGCAAGAUGGAGGUAGCCAGUCUGCUCCUGCAGAAGAGGGCUGCGCCUGACGCUGCUGGCAAGAGCGGGCUAACUCCGCUGCAUGUAGCCGCUCACUACGAUAAUCAGAGAGUAGCCCUGCUGUUGCUGGAUCAGGGAGCUUCCCCGCACGCCGCCGCCAAGAACGGCUACACGCCGCUACAUAUUGCCGCCAAGAAGAACCAGAUGGACAUCGGCACCACGCUGCUGGAGUACGGCGCCGACACCAAUGCGAUGACGCGGCAGGGCAUCAGCCCCAUCCACCUGGCGGCGCAGGAGGGCAGCGUGGACCUGGUGUCACUGCUGUUAGCCAAGAGCGCUGCCGUCAACAUUUGCAACAAGAGCGGACUCACACCGCUCCACUUAGCGGCUCAGGAAGACAAGGUCAACGUUGCGGAAGUCCUCCUCAACCACGGCGCUGACGUCAACGCGCAAACCAAGAUGGACUACACGCCGCUGCAUGUGGCUUGUCACUACGGCAACGCCAAGAUGGCAAACUUCCUGCUCCAGAAUCACGCCAAAAUCAACAGCAAAACCAAGAAUGGUUACACACCGCUGCACCAGGCGGCUCAGCAGGGCCACACGCACAUCAUCAACCUCCUGGUCCAGCGUGGCGCCUCAGCAAACGAGCUCACCACGAAUGGGAACACGGCGCUUGCCAUCGCCCGUCGCCUUGGUUACAUCUCAGUGGUGGACACGCUGAGGCCUGUGACAGACGAAAACCUGAAUACUGCGAGUGCAGCCGAAAAACACAAAAUCAACGUCCCGGAAACCAUGAACGAGUUCCUGGACAUGUCAGAUGACGAAGUUUGGGCCAAUGUGCCUGAAAGUCUGGAGGAGGAGUCCAUGUCAGAUGACGAUGAAGGUGAGGAUGCCAUAACCUGCGACACGGACAAGUACCUGCGGCCCCAGGACCUCAAAGAGUUGGGGGAUGACUCCCUCCCUCAGGAGGGCUACAUGGGCUUCAGCAUCGGCGCCCGCUCGGCCAGCCCUAGAAUCAGCCUCCGCUCCUUCAGUUCGGAUAGGUCCAACACCCUCAACCGGAGCUCCUUCGCCCGGGACAGCAUGAUGAUCGAGGAGAUCUUGGCCCCCACCAAGGACACGCUUCAGAGUGUCUGUAAAGACAUUUCCUACCUGGUCGACCCACUAAAUAAGCACCUGGCCGUGACCCACGAAUACAACCAUGAGUGCCUGCGACGCUACAGCUGGACCCCGGACACGGUGGACCACGGCCACAACAUGGCGUCCAGCCCCAUCCACUCUGGCUUCUCCUCCCCGCUCCCUCAGUAUGACUCCAGGUUCCUGGUCAGCUUCAUGGUGGAUGCGCGCGGCGGGUCCAUGAGGGGCAGCCGCCAUAACGGCAUGCGCAUCAUCAUCCCGCCCAGGAAGUGCACGGCGCCCACUCGCAUCACCUGUCGCCUGGCCAAGAGGCAUAAACUGGCCUACCCGCCGCCCAUGGUGGAAGGGGAAGGCCUGGUCAGCAGACUCGUGGAGGUCGGCCCGGCCGGGGCUCAGUUCCUUGGUCCCGUGAUUGUGGAGAUCCCUCAUUUCGGCUCCAUGCGGGGGAAGGAACGAGAACUGAUUGUGUUGAGGAGUGACAACGGCGACACGUGGCGGGAGCACCAGUUUGAGUCCACGCCAGAGGAACUUACGGAGCUGCUGACCGGCAUGGACGAAGAAUUGGAUAGCCCUGCCGAAUUGGAGAAGAAGCGCAUCUGCCGCAUCGUGAGCCGAGACUUCCCUCAGUAUUUUGCCGUGGUGUCGAGAAUCAAGCAGGAAUCCAACCACAUGGGUCCUGACGGCGGCGUCCUGUCCAGUAGCACUGUGCCCAUGGUUCAGGCCUCCUUCCCGCAGGGGGCGCUCACCAAGAAGAUCCGUGUCGGCUUGCAGGCUCAGCCUCUUCCCGAUGACAUGGUGAGAGCGGUCCUAGGGAACCGAGCCACCUUCAGCCCAAUUGUCACCGUGGAGCCCAGGAGGAGGAAGUUCCACAAGCCAAUCACCAUGACCAUCCCCGUCCCGCCCCGCCAGGCGGAAGGCCACCCCACCGGCCACCGCGGCGACGCGACGCCUUGCCUGCGUUUGCUCUGCAGCAUUACAGGAGGGACGUCCCCCGCCCAGUGGGAAGACAUCACAGGGACCACGCCGCUUUCCUUCGUGACCGAUUGCGUCUCCUUUACCACAAAUGUGUCGGCCAGGUUCUGGCUCGCAGACUGUCACCAGAUUCCUGAGACGGUGGGUCUGGCGUCUCAGUUAUACCGGGAGCUGAUCUGCGUGCCGUACCUGGCCAAAUUUGUGGUGUUUGCCAAAAUGAAUGACCCGGUGGAGGCGCGCCUCCGCUGCUUCUGCAUGACGGACGACAAAGUGGACAAGACUCUCGAGCAGCAGGAGAACUUUGAGGAGGUGGCCCGCAGUAAAGACAUUGAGGUUCUGGAGGGGAAGCCUAUCCAUGUGGACUGCUAUGGCAACUUGUCUCCGCUGACCAAAAGUGGACAGCAGCUUGUAUUUAAUUUUUACUCUUUCAAGGAGAACAGACUUCCAUUCAAUGUGAAGACCCGAGAUAUGGGUCAGGAGCCCUGUGGCCGCCUGUCGUUCCUGAAAGAACCCAAAAACUCCAAAGGUCUUCCGCAGACUGCCAUUUGCAAUCUGAACAUCACACUGCCGACUCACAAAAAGGAAAUGGAGUCCGAUCCCGACGAUGAGAAUGAAAGGCCAGAACGACGCCAUACCUUUGCCUCCUUAGCUUUGCGUAAGCGCUACAGCUAUUUGACCGACCCUGCGGCCAAAACAUCCGAUCGAAGUCCGCAAAGAACACAGCCUUCUGGCUACCCUCACAAACCGGUCUUUUCAACGAGAUCUUAUCAGGCGUGGCCGCCUGUUCCUGUCGCCGUCCCUGGUCAAGCCAAGUCUGGGUUUGGCUCCCUCUCCAGCUCCUCGUCCAACACACCUUCUGCCUCUCCACUAAAGUCUGUCUGGUCCAUCAACUCGGCCUCUCCCAUUAAGACAAACAUUCCCGGAUCCCCUGCCUCUUCUGUUAAGUCAGUUAGUGACAUGGCCUCUCCCAUCCGAUCGUACAGAACCAUCUCCUCACCCAUAAAAACGGUAGUCCAACAUGCUCAGUACCCAGGCCAGGUUGCCCACAGUCCCCUGGCGUCACCUGCAAAAAGUGCUUCAGACAGUUCCUCAAUGAAAGGUUUUGCAGCAUCGUCAGCCAGGACUUCCUCUACAGGAGGAAGUCCUCUUCUUGAGAGGACAUCAAUAGCCAUGACACCUCCAACAUCUCCCAAAUCAUGCCUUAGUAUGUUCAGUUCCCCUCUGUCAUACAAGACCGUUGUGGGGGGUUCCACUGGUACAACGGUAUCAUCGUCCUCACCGAUCAAAACAGUCCCCGGCCUCUCCUCUGUCCGUUCCUUUCCCUCAGACGUGUCAGGCCCCGCGAGGAACCUCUUCUCCUCAGUGUCGUCACCACUCAAAUCCAACAGCACACCAAGUGCUGCAGCUCUGAUCAAUGGAACAGCGUCACCAGCGCAGUACCACUCCCCCUCCCCAACCUCUCUCCUCGCCAGCAGUCUCCAGGAAAGAAUACAAGCAACCACUAAUGCCGCCACGACAAGCGUCAACGCAGCAUUUGAUGAGGUUGAAAAAACAUUCAAUUCUUGCUCAGCUGGGUAUGGCACCUUAAAGUCAUUGUCCUCCUCUGCAUCGUCCUCAUAUCAGUCCAUCAGAUCCUCCGCAUCCAGUUCCCUUUACAACUCACUAAGGUCCCCUCCUAAAGCCACCACGGCUGGAACAUCCAGCACAGUGACGGUCCCUGUGUAUUCUGUUAUCAAUGUACUACCAGAGCCCCAGUUUAAAAAGCUGCCUGAGGUGUCCAGGUCAACUGCUGCUAUUCUGUCCCCACGCAAGACUGUGCCCGCUGAGAUGAAUCCUCAGUUGCAGUCGUCGUUUGCCAGAAAUCUUUCCCCUACCAAAUCUCCACUUCUCUCAUCCGGUUUAAAGUCAAACGUGACAUCCCCGUUGUCAUCCAGCCAAGAAAUUCUGAAAGAUGUUGCGGAUAUGAAAGAGGACUUAAUACGAAUGUCAGCCAUUUUGCAGACUGAUCCGAACUCUAAUACAAGUAAAGGAUUUCAGUCUGGUUCUGCGGUGAAAGUAGACGAUGAAGAGCCAUACCGGAUUGUGGAGAAAGUCAAGCAAGAUCUGGUAAAAGUGAGUGAAAUCCUGACUAAAGACGCGGCCAACGAGCCUAUGGCAAGGGGGACCUUAGAUGACAUACACUUCUCAAAAGUACCUGUUGAACAGCCGCCAAGCAACUGGAGCUAUCCCCCAAGAUAUGAGACAGUGGUUCCUCAAGCAAAAGCAAAAACAAUUCAAGAUAGAGACUUCAACCUUUCGAAGGUUGUGGACUAUUUAGCCAAUGAUGUUGGUAGCAGUUCUUUCUCCAAAAUGCACGACACAAAACAUACAACAGAUGAAGGCAAGAGAGAAGCGGAUGGCAGGGAAAAGCAAAAACGUGUUCUAAAACCCGCCAUUGCAGUUCAAGAACAAAAGCUCAAAAUGCCUCCAACAAACAUGCGAUCACCCCCUUCAGACAGAGAACCAGCUAAAGUGGCUGAUGCUCUUUUUGGAACGGACACAGUGCUGGAACCCACGGAUGAUUUAUAUCAUGAACAGGAUAAGAGCCCCCUCUCAGACAGUGGCUUUGAGACCAGAAGUGAAAGGACUCCUUCUGCCCCUCAGAGUGCUGAAGGCAUGGGCCCAAAGGCCCCUUUCCAGGACAUCCCCGUUCCCCCGGUAAUCACAGAGACUAGGACUGAAGUUGUUCAUGUUAUCAGGAGCUAUGAGCACCCUGAGGAUAACAAACAACUGGCAAUGGUGGAGGGAAAUCCCAUCAGAUAUAUUGAUUCUGAGUCGAAAGGACAUGUCAAUCAACCUCCAUCCACCCCUGAGCUUAGUAAGGGCUAUUCAGUUAAAGGUGCCCCUGAUGAGGACCCGAUGGGCAAAGGCAUUCGGUUGAAGGAGGAAACUCACAUCACGACCACCACCAGGAUGGUGUACCACAAACCUGGCAGUGAAGCCGUAUCAGAGAGGUGUGAGGAAACUAUGUCUGUUCAUGACAUAAUGAAGGCCUUUCAAUCAGGAAAGGAUCCUUCUAGGGAGCUUGCGGGACUCUUUGAGCACAAAUCGGAGGAAAUCUCGCAGCGAGUCUCUGAAGACAUCAAACCAAAGGUUGAAAGAAUAAUUGAAGUACACAUUGAAAAGGGAAAUAAAACAGAACCAACAGAGGUCAUCAUCAGAGAGACUAAAAACCAUUCUGACAAUGAAAUGUAUUACUACCCAGAAAACAGACCAGACGACAGGGAAACUGUCGAACAUCCUGUCUAUUUUGACUCCUCCAAAUUUAGCAACACCAUGACACACGAUGAUAGUCGCCCUAGUUCAGCCCAGUUAAUGGCAGACGAGUCGUAUAAGACCUUGAAACUGCUUAGCCAACAAUCCGUGGAGUACAAUGAGGAUGAAUCCUCAGAGUUAAGAGGAGAAUCUUAUAAUUUUGCUGAGAAAAUGUUAUUAUCAGAAAAGUUUGACCAAUCCCUUCCUGACACCGAGGAAAAGUCUCACUUCCCCUCACCAGACAGAAGUCGAAAUGAGGGUAGGCCCGUAGGCCCAAGAACAGAAUAUAUUUUUCGCUCGUCACGAAAUGUGUUUGAUACGUCAGGAAGAAUGACAAAUGCUGAUGAUACCUAUGACACAAUGACACUUUUGCAGCACUCUUCUCAGCAUGGUAGCCCAAAGCAAUCCAUUUGGAUGCGCGUCUCAGCAGACGAGACAGAGAGAAAGGAAAGAGAGCAACUCAUGUAUGAGGAGAGAGUUGAUAGAACCGUAAAAGAGGCAGAGGAAAAACUCUGUGAGGUAUCACAAUUCUUCAGAGAUAAGACAGAGCAGCUCAAUGAUGAACUCUCCUCUCCAGAGAGAAAAUCUCGCAGACCAGACUUUAGGGAAUCACGAUCCGGACCUAGUUCCACACAAAGCAGUCCAGAACGAUCAGUUUAUAGAAAUGGUGCUAGUGGAGAAGAAUGGAGCAGAGAAAGACUAAGAGAUAAGUUUGGCUCCAAUGAUAGGAAAUGUGCCAGUUUACCUAGUAGUCCGGAGAGGAGAGUACUGCUGCAGUACAAUGAUUCAGACUCUAGAAAGCAGGGAGACGGGGAAAUUGAAGGCUCAAAACUUUUGCAUAUGUCUUCUUCUAAAGUAAGCGCGGUGAGGCUUAAGUUUGAACAAGAGGCUCAAAGACAAGAUAGGGGUUCUCAGGGUCGCCAAAAUUCUAAUCAACCCAUAAGGAAGCUCCACGAGAGUAAGCUCCCUGUCUACCAGGUAUUUGGUGGUUCUAACAUUCCCAAAACACCAGAGAGUCCAUUAAGCCAGAGAAAAGUUCAAGACAGUGAGUCCAAGUGUUCACCCGUGCAUCAGUCCUGUGGGAAAAAUCAGGAAGAUCAGAAGUUAUUCAAAACAUGGGAGAACCAAGGCUAUGGUAACUAUAAACCCCAAUCCCCCAAAUUAUCACCAACAUUAGUUCGUGAUUCUCAAAAAGAUGACAACAAUAGUGAUUCACAAAGGCAAGAAACCACCAAGAAAAUUAUUUACACUGAAUUUGUUGUACGAGAGAGUCCAAAUAGCAAUGACGGUCUAAAAAAAAACUCGGAAUCACAAAUUCCUGUAAGAAAGUCCUCUAAUCUUUCAGAAAAUCGCAGAUCCCAAUCUUUAAAAUUAGAUCCCUCUGUUGAAACACAUGAGAAAGAAGGCUCUCGCACGCCCGUUCUAGUUCGAAACCCGAUACAUGGUAGCUUUGAGUCUAACAAAUCUACUUGCGGAUCGUCAGGGAAAUCCACGGACUCAGACUGUAGCCAGUCAAAUAUCACUUGUAACGGUGUUGACAGUGACCAAAUAGAGUAUUUGGAUCAUGGAACUCCUGCAAUUGUCGCAGAAGGUUUCAAAGAUAUCAAACCCCUACCUGUGUAUGUCAGCAUUCAAGUAGGCAAACAGUACGAGAAAGAAACGGCUACUGGGCAGCUCGGAACUUACAAAAAAAUUGUAAGCCAUGAGAGUAGGACAGUACAUGAGACCAGGGGAACAUUUUACACUGUCAAACAAAAGGAGUCUCCUCAAGGUAGUCCAGAAGAUGACACUCUAGAACAAGUGACGUUAAUAGACAGCUGUGGAAAGAGGCCCGUUACUCCCGAGGCGCCAAGCUCAGAGGAUGUUAGCCUGAACUCAAGAAUGCCUGACUCUGUGAUUGGCUCCACGGCUGGCAUGCCAUGUCCAAUCCCAGAGGAGUCGGAAGAGGAAGACGGCAAGACCUUCAUCUACAGAGAGCCAGCAAGGGAAAAAUCUAAGCAAGCAGCUCCAGAGAAUCACAGCAAGAAACAGGAAGCAGAGAAACAGAAGUUAAAAGGGGAGAAGGGAGUUCCAUAUAUAGAGUUUCCACCACCACCUCCUUUGGACACGGAGCAGUCAGAGCCUGAGAAAAGAAAGUCUUGCGCAUCCUCCGAGACGGAGACGGAAAUGAUGGAAGUAAACCUCCAGGAGGAGCAUGACAAACACUUCUUAGCUGAGCCAGUCAUCAGGGUCCAGCCUCCAUCUCCCAUUCCUCCCGGAGCUGAUAACAGUGACUCCAGUGAUGACGAAUCUGUAUUCCAUCCCAUCCCUGUCAAAAAGUACACCUUCAAAAUGAAAGAGGAGGGAGAGAAACGCUCAAAACAACGCAAAUCGGAGAAGAAUGGAAAUAAGGAGGCUGGGGUCAAUGGUGUCGUGAAGGGGGAAGAAGCCGACUUAGAACAUAAUGGGAAUGACCAAUCCAUCACUGACUGCUCCAUUGCAACCACUGCUGAAUUUUCCCAUGACACAGAUGCCACUGAGAUUGACUCAUUAGAUGGUUAUGAUUUUCAGGAUGAAGACGACGGACUGAGUGAGGAGCCAAAAACAUCCGGUCUAUCCAAUGAUGGAAAAGCAGCUGAUCGCUCCUUUGGUCAGUCUAAGCUGGAAGUGAUUGAGGAAGAGAAGUGUGAGGAUGGGAAAACCAAUCCGUCUUCGACAAAAAGCAGUGGGCAAGAAAUAGAUUACACCCUUGAAGGCAGACAUCCAGAAAGGCAGACCUUCGCAGAUCAGUACUUUGGCUACCAACUUGAAGAGGAGCUCAACUCAACCUUUAAAACGGUAGCCACAAAAGGCCUCGACUUUGACCCCUGGUCCACCAAAGGGAGCGAUCACGAUGGAGUUUAUGACUCCAAAACCAAAGACGAAGAUCCCAAGCCCUUUGGUUUAUGUGUGGAGGACAAAUCACAGGCUACAACACCCGACACAACCCCUGCUCGAACACCGACUGAUGAGAGUACACCAACUAGUGAGCCUAACCCCUUCCCUUUCCACGAAGGGAAGAUGUUUGAGAUGACCCGCAGUGGUGCUAUUGACAUGAGCAAGCGGGACUUUGUUGAAGAAAGGCUUCAGUUUUUUCAGAUUGGUGAGCAUUCCUCUGACCCUCUAACAGGGGAAAGGGGGAGAGGGGGCAAGAUCCUUGGUGUAAUUUCCUCUCAAUCAAAUACAGGGGAGAGGGCCACAGUAGAGGGGAAGGUGAAAAUUGUAGACACAACCACAGGCAGCAACACACCACCAGCAGCAGCAGCAACAGCAGCAACAGCGACAUGCAACCCUUUGCACCCUGGCAGUGAUACUGGCUAUGCUGGUACUGAAGUACCCACCUGUGAAGCCAUAGCUGAGACCGCCUCCUCAUGCACAAUCACAGCCUCCAAGGUUGAUCCCAAAUUACGCACCCCGAUUAAGAUGGGCAUAGCUGCCUCUAUAACUGUGAAAAAAGACUCAGGGGAUCUGACUGAUUUUAAAGCUGAGAUAUCAGAGAGCCAGAUGGUGCCAGAAUAUAUCAGUAUAGAGGCUCAGAGUACAGAAGGCCAAUCUAGCAAAGACACAGAGGCCACAUCAGAGAGAAGAGAUUACCCCUCUGAGAACUGCAACAACAAUAAUAACCUUGAGUCCUCCAGUAUUCAGGCCAACUACAUUCAGUGUGGCAGUGUGGUGUUCAAUCUGCAGUCCUCCUCUGAGCCCACACUUCAGAAGGCCAGCAGGAUAGAAACACUGUGUUGUAGGGAAUUAGAUGAGAAAGUAGAAAUAGGUCAGAGCAGUCAAGUGCAGCAGCAAAGUAUACCAGUUAAAGACAGUGAAGUGAAAGUGCCCAGGUCCAGGCUUCCAGUAAAAGCGUCAGGGCGGUCGAUUCACACCCAGGGAACAGCCAUAGGCAAGCAGAAGCCCAAACAAACAGUGAAAAUUGAGACCAAGAAAAGAGGAGAGCCAGCCAUUGCCAAAGUAGAACCAAGGUCUAGAAUACCAGUCAAGGACAUUAAAAAGGGCAGCUCCACAACCGCAGCUAGCUCAUCACAUUCAGUUAGGGUUACCUCGCGGCCAACAAGGCCAUUGGCUAGUGAAAGAGCAGCCAUAAAGUUGCCCUCGAGGUUACCACUGAAGGAUAGGAAUCAGCUCAGAAAGGCAUCAGGUGAGGGAACGUCUAGGCAGGAGAAACGGGAGAACCCUAGCGAGGUUUGUAAACGCACCAUUGAAUACUUUAAAGACAUUAGCGGAGAGACGAUAAAGUUGGUGGACCGCCUGUCAGACGAGGAGAAAAAGAAGCAGACAGAGCAGUUGGAGGAAGACAGCACCUCCCGGAGCACCUCCCUGUCAGACACCUCGCAGCCUUCUCAACCUUCCCAGCCCUCCCACUCGUCCAGGUCCGGUAGAGGUUCCAGGGCUGAGGCCGGGGCCCCGUCCGUAGGGGCAAAGGUGGCGGCGACGGACAGGGCCUCUGGCAGUCAGAGGAGCAGGAGGAGUAGGCGGACUGGUGGGAAGGAGGGCAGUCAGGGACUCGCAGGGUCUCGAACACCUCCCAUCGCAGAGAUCAAGCCUAGUCCCCAAAGUCCUUGUGAGCGGACAGAUUUGCGUAUGGCCAUUGUAGCAGAUCACCUGGGACUCAGCUGGACCGAGCUGGCUCGGGAGAUGAACUUCACAGUAGAUGAGAUCAACCACAUUAGAUUGGAGAACCCAAACUCGCUGACAGCACAAAGCUUUAUGCUAUUAAAGAAAUGGGUCAGUCGAGAAGGGAAAAACGCCACAACCGACGCCUUGACGGCCGUGCUGACCAAAGUCAACCGGAUGGAUAUUGUGACUUUACUGGAGGGCCCAAUUUUUGACUAUGGUAACAUUUCUGGCACGAGAUGCUUUGCCGAUGAUCAUGCGGUUUUCCGGGAUCAGGCUGAUGAUUAUCAGAGCAUUCUAGCCGAGUUGCAUUCCCCCGCCGUCCUGCACUCCGACCCACAUUUCCUGGUGCCCGAACUCCCCAUCACACCCGACCCUUCCCCUGUGCACCACCAGCAUCACCAUUACCCGCAACCCGACUCCCUUUGGCCGACAGACUCCCAGUCUCAGCCCCCGCACUGGAGCCCAGAGAUCAAAGCUGGAAGCCCACCCGAGAGUCCCCUUAGACCGUGUCAGCUUGCCCUGUCCCUUUCAGCUUUUGACCUCCCUGAUCCCAUUCCGUCCAAGGUGCGAAAGCCCCACAUCGCCCUGAAUGACCAGCUGCUUUUGAGCGAGGAGGAGGACAGAUCUUAUCGAGAAAUGGAGCCGACCCGCAAGCCCAAGUCACGUGCCGUCCCGGCAAUGUGCGAGUUAGACGUCAGCAUGGCCUACUCCACAUCAUCCUCUUCAGUCUCGUCUGCAUCGUCUGCAACUCCUUCAACACCCGACAGAGCACAAAUGGAAAAUGAAGAUGUGGUCCAAGUGGACAUGUGUGUUGAAGGACGUGAAAAGGAAGUCUCAAAAGAAAAGGUUCAUGAGACAAUUGCGGCAGUGGGAAAGGUAUUUGUGCAAAGGUGGGUGGAGGAGGAUUUGAUUAAAAACGUGGAGAAAAAAUGUGGGAUAGUGACAAAAGAUAGGUGUCAGCUGGAGGCGAGGAAGAAUAUUUUCACAGGACAAAAGGGAGAAGCAGAAAUGAAAAUUAAUGUGCUGGGAGGUGGAUUUGGGGGAGAUGAAAUAGAGGCUGAGACUUACAAAGAGGGUGUUGAUGAAACAACCGAGAAGAGUGAAGAACUGGUCCACCGUGAGGACAGAACAAAAGUUGCUGAACAAGUACUGCAAGGUGAAGACAGAGGCACUUGCCAACCAAGUGACUUGACUGUUCACGAAUGGGCUGAGGCCCUUUGGGAACAUCAGCCCACUGAGGAGGAUGGCGGAGAAAAUCAAGAGAUCUCGGAUCUCAAGGCAGUGAAGACUGAAGAAGGCUCAGAGGAGACGGAGGAGGACCAGGAGACGACUGCCGAGGCAGCCAGAGAUCUGAAGCUUCUCAAUCGUGCCGAACAGCCAGAAAAAGAUGUGUGCUCGCUUUCAGGUUGGCAGAGUGACUCAUCCAGCGUCAAUGCGGAGCCACCGACGCCGGGACGCAGCUCGGAUCUGCUGGACAGGCGGGAAAGCAGCCACGAGAACUCCAGCGAUUCCGUCACUUCCUCGUCCAGAGGCGAAUCAGGGAGGUCCCGGCAGAACGGCGACAACUCCAAAAGCUCACCUCAGGGCGGCUCAUCCGAGUCGAUGAAUGGCAGAAAAGAAGAGGGAACGCUGGUGUCCGAGAAGAAAGUCCAGCAGCGGGUUAGUGUAGAUUCCGGUUCCGAGGAAGAACAUACCGUAACCACCAGAAUCUUCCGACGCAGGCUCAUUUUAAAGGGCGAGGAAGCGAAAAACAUAUCAGGCGAGUCUGUGACCGAGGAACACUACUUGGACCAAGACGGUAACUUCAUCAGUAGAAAAGUCAUCAGGAAGGUCAUCCGCCGGCUCUCUAGCUCCUCGACAGACAACCACAGGGACCUUCAGAAAAGCCCCAUCCUGCCGAAGGACGGGCUUGAGAAAGACGGAGCGUCGAGGAAUAGCAGACGGAUGGACGACAAGAGGCCCGGAGAUAAAAAGUUUCAUUCCUAGGGGACGGAUGGUUGUCCUUGCUACCAGCCAUCCAGGAUCAUAGUCCACAAGCCUGGGAACAGGACAUACCUGAGGGCUGAGGUGUUCCAGUUUGAGGAUUUGAGUCCAAGAGUCCUGCCAGCAUCAACUUCCACCGACGGGACUUCACAUGGCAAGAGGAGCCCAAUGCCCCUCUUGACCCUACAACGCAUGAGCAUGAACAAACUCCUCCAACUUCCCGUCAAUCAAAGGGCCCGAGAGUGGGGGGUGAACCCUCGGUCCGCGGGACCGGCUGUCGAGGAUUCCGCCUCCUGUUAGGACUUUCGGGGAAAGGCCUCUCAGGGGGGAGGGGGGGCUCCUUCGCUCACAUCCACACACACACACACACACGUAGGUGCAACCGUUGACCAAAGACGGCACAAUCGGAAAUAUGAAGACACAACACAGCACGACUGCGAUCUAAUGGAACACGUCAGCCAAUCUUCAACAUGUUCAGCACUGGCCUUAUAGUUUUUCUUCUUGAACCCGCUCUUGUCAGGAUGUUUUGGGACAUAUUUUCUUCCUUUUUUUAAAAAAAAAAAAAAAUACAUUUUUCUGUAUAUAGAGUCAGAAUGUGUACAAUUCUUAAUAAGCUUCUGCUAGGGCGGAAUUUGGUCACAUUGGGGUGUGGGGUCUUUUCAAGUGCUUUGGUAAUCCACUGAAGCAGUUCCACUUUCCAAAGUUGUGAGUGUAACAGGUUCUUGUAAAAAAUGAAUAAAAAUUUAAAAAAAAAUAGAAGAUCUACUAGAUCGGGUAUAACGUUUGUACGCACACUGGUUUGAUUUUAACGUGAGGACGUUUCCAGAAAAUUUGUGUUGGGUCAUUCCCAAAGUGGGGAUCUAAUCCCGCAGCCUUUCAAGAGUAUUUUCAAGCAUGCCGGUCACAUUAUUUUAAGUACAAUUUUUACAAGUUUGCAAAAGCACCGUAUUAAGAAAAAAAGGCCCUUUUAUCUGUGUGUACACGUAUAGCCCAAAUGUUUGUCACUGGUUUUAUAUUUGAAAAUGGACAAGCAUAGAAUUCAGGAAUUGUUUUUUUUUUGAAUGGUGAAAAAUGUGUGUGAGUGUGUGUGUAAAACUGGAGGGGCAUCUCGAGAGCGUACUAACUGCAAAUGUAAGCGCUAGUAGGCUGGCUCGCUGUACAACACUGUAACCGUGUAUCGUGCGUUAUCGGCUAGAAGGUGUCAAGAGUCUCCGUGCACUGUUUCCACCGUGUCGUCUCACAAAUGCUGUGUGGUGUCAAAUGACUAAAAAGGGGCAUUCAUUUUUCCAUUAUUCAUCUUUUUAUGGUGACGGGUUGAGACUUGAUUUGAAAUCCACUCACAAGUACAGAUCAUUUUGACUAGCAUCUUGGAGGAAAAAAAACACUGGAUGGUCAAUAGAAGCAGUUUAAGCAUCGAAUAAAUGUUAACGCCGUGUGGUUUUAGGCAGGUUUAAUGCAGUGUCCUUUAGAAUCAUUUUCAUCACUCGUGUGUUGGUUUUCAUUAGGUCAAUGUGCUCAGUAUCAGUAUGCUGAUGCCAACUCUGUGGACAUUAAAACUAUGUGACUUUCUUUGGGGGGGGGGGGGGGUACACAUCCCCUUGCUCCCCUUAAAAUCUAUCAGGGGCUCGAUGAUCCUUUGAUACGGUUGAACUAUCGAUUUUGUUUCAUAUGUGUUUUCACCCGAGCGGACUUUUUGAUGUACAAUUCUUACUAACAGAGUGAAGCCAUUGAAAUGUAAUAAUAAUUCUAGCACUUUGGUGAUUCGAGGUCUUUUAGAGGCGAUAGAGAACGGCGCAAAUGUUUCAGAUGUCUUUCAAGAAAGGAACAAAACAGACUCAAAAUCGACCUUGAAAGGAUAAAAAAAUAAAAUGCAUUGGUUUUGCAAUACA